AUGGCUGAGCCUACAGUGGAGAAGCAGCAGAACAAUCUUGUGGCGAUUCUGAAGCAGAACGAUGAGGACGAGAAGACCAAUAUCCCGCAGACACGUCUUGAUAAGGCAAAUGCUGCAGCCGUGAAACAUUUCCUCGAAAUCAAAAAGCCAACGGUGAGCAAGCUUUGGUGGCAACGCUUUUCCAAAGCUAAGCUCAGUGCUGACAAAGAAGCAUUCGACGACCUGGUCAAGGAAAGCAUUUUUCUUCCAGCGGAUGCAAAACAGGAUGCAGAGAACUACAUUCCCACCAUACCUUGUCAGAAGGCGCUGGAAGAUUUAUUCGUUGUCGGCUACGAUUCCAACACAACAGUGCUGCGUGAACGUUUGAAUGCCAGAAAGCUUUGGGAUGCAGUACAUAGUAAUCCUGCCCGAACGGCCAAUGCGGAGCUUCUACAGCAUUUUUUUUCGCAAGUGCUGGCAAGGUUGGACUCUGGUCGGGGUCGUCGAUCUACACAACUCAUGGAAUCUUUGUUGCGCUGGCGGAGCCUGUCGAAGAAGCUACGCAAGCAUGAAGAAUGUGCUCACGGAUUAUUGGAAGCGCUGGAAACGAAACUUUCCCAUGCAAGUCAGCAACCUCCUGAUGAGCGGGCUUCGGCAAUAUCGCCACAAGAGAAGCCUGUUCGUCGAGCUGUUAGGAAGAAGUCUUCGGCUGCACACGUUGAACAAUCAUUAGCAGGCCAAGCGGCAGCUUCCUCUGCAAGUGGUGCUCGAAGUGGAAAUCCUUUCGCUGGAACCGAGGAAGACCGCUUCGUCAGCUACGAUGUCACGUACAAAUACAAAUUGGCAGACGUGCGUACGCGCAGAUACGCCAGUUUCCAUUCUGCGCAGAAUUUGGGCAAAGCCUGGCAAACAAUUGCUUUGGAUCAAACGGUAGACCUGGACAUCGAGAACUGCUCCUUCACGUUGCUGUUACAGAUUUUAGACAAAUUGAAACCCAACCACGAGUGCUGGUCAGCAGUCAGGGAGACAUUGUCCCUUUGUUCGUCAGAAAGAAACAAAGUCAUUGAAGAAAAGCUGAAGCUGCCGUUGUCAGAAGGAAAGCAUCUUUUACAGAAAGUAUUCAACGGAGGCACACCUCCGGAAGAACUUGCCAAGAAUUUGUUCAUCGAGGACCUACAGCGAGCAAGUCUUUUCUGCCGCUGGGUCGCUGCAACGAUGCUGAAGAACACUGCUUGGCGUGACUUGCUGCAAAUGAAAGACAGACCAGACAUGUCGGUGUUGACAUACUUUUGGAACAUCGCGGAAGAUCUGGCUGUUGAGUCCUGGAUCCGGAAGGUGGAACCGCUGCAGAGCAAGCACAUGUCAUUGCAUUUCGAUGGCAUCAGGGUGGAUCGCGACAUCGCGCAGCCAGAUGUAGAAACUUUCUGCAGGAGUUGCAGCGACACGAUUUUCAAGGACACUGGCCUGGCUGUUCGUAUUCGUAUGAAACAGCACUAUACCUGCCAUGCCCUGUUGCAGCAGCUGGAGAACAGAAAACCAGUCGAGUGUCCUGAAUGUCUUCGCGCAGCGGGAAACUGUAUAUUGGCGGCCCUACAUCAUCUUGGUUUUCCAGAACAGGCGUCUACUAUGGCAUUGAUGACAGAGGGUCCAGAACACAUGUUUUUUCAGCGACGCCGCCAGAGAACAUAUGCGCAGGUUGCCGAGAAAGCGAACAUUAAAGUGUUUCCUCGACUACCAACUACUGCUCUAGAAUCAGGCCAGAAGAUUUUGCUUCAUAUGGCCACCGAAGGGAACCCGCACUGUGUUGCUUUGGAAGUUUGUUCAGGCAACGAAGUACGUGUGACUGACCUGACUGUCAGCUACACUUUUUCCGUUGUGGAUUUGGCACGCAUGCUAUCGGAAGCAACGGAUCGCAAAUACAUGAUCUUCUUUCACCUGAACCAGAAACCUGAGGAUCUUGACAGAGAUGCACAGGACAGCGAGUAUGACCUUCUGAUGGAAACUCUAGCAGGCGGAGACUCCGACGAUGAGUUCGUUCAGGACCUAGCUUUGCCUAUUGUGGAGGAGAAGGAGCAAGAUGAAGACAUGUUGGAGGAUGACGAGAGCGUAACGAGAGUGGGUGACAGACUUCUAGGAUUUCUUCGUGACGAAGUUGCUGCUUUUCUGAACAAGAAACCUGCGCAAGUUGCUGAUGAGGUUCGAAAGAAUGGGAAGGCAUGGUGUCCCUUUUGUCCGCUUCGGUGCUGGGACAAGACUCGACACGGUCGUGUUACGGCACAUGUGCGAGAAUACCAUUCGGCAAGGAAGCAAUUCGUGGCCAGUGGCACGAAGCAACUGAAGGUUAUCAUCGCACUCCACGACGAUGAUCAGUGUCGGCGGCAGCCUGCCGGAAAUUACUUGCGCCGCAGUGCUACUCUGCUGUCCCAAUCCCUGGAUGAUACAAUUUCGACGCAGCACGUGCUCCUGGACAAGAAGAUAAGACUUGUUUUGACGCAGGAUGGACCGCAAUACUGGUCUCUGCAGGCUGUGCAGCGAGGAGAAUUGCGUCGCGUCUAUGCUCUUCAUGCUCGACUCUUGGCAAUCUUUCCGGGUGCGACAAGCAGCCUUUUGCCGCGCCACGCAAAUCACUGGUGGCCAAUGAUCGAAGACAUCUUCCUGUCGGACCGCGUCCGCAGCUUCGAACGGAAGCUCGAAACCGAGCUGGUGCAGCAUCAAGAAUUCGAAGUCAUCAGCAUGGAUGCGACACUACGUUGCUGCUUGCCCGUUAUGGGACAGGCACAUCCGCGAGCAAGCAGAGAAGUGAAAUCACAAGCAGUGUUUCAUGGAGACAGCGCGCUGACUCGAGUAGUUACAUGCAGAGGGCGCACCAAUGCAGUGCUCAUGUUGGCUGCGACCACGACGGAUGAAACAGAUAUCUUGGUGAAGGCUAUGGCCGAGAAAUUACCAACAGCUGGGCUUCAACAAGUGCGAUGCAUGAGUGUGGACAAUCCUUCCGCCAAAUUGUGGAAAGGCUUGCGUUGCAUUUGCCCAAACCUGCAGAUUCUGUGCCUCGACCCUGUACAUCUCGCGAUGACAUGCGAGUAUGCAUCUAGUCGGAAGCGUACGGCAAUGUCAAGGACCUUGCGUGCAAUAUUGCAGAAGUUAUCUGUGCACAGCUCACACUGCACCGAAAACACGUGGGGCACUUUUUUCCGAGGCGAGAACUGCAAGCCUCUAACACAUGCGGAGGAAAGGGCUCGUUUACAAAUUGAGGAUCGCAGCAUGCCGCUAAGGAAAGCUGCAGCUAUCCUCGACAAUUUGAAUGCGUCCGUUCCCUUUUUCGAACGGUCUGAGUGGUCCCUGUCGCUGGCUGCUUUGGCAGCUGUGUAUCGGCAAGACAUGGACCGUGUGGUGCCGGGCCCGAACCGGAAGGUAUACCAACUUCUUCAUUCGGCUGCCGCAGCAGCACGAACGGAGUGGUAUUUUAACAACCUUCGUGCUCGACACAUGAUUGCUACCAGCAGAUUGAGUCUGCUCCCUGUCGGCACAACAUCGAAUGAAUCACUACAUCACGAAAUCAACAAUUUUUUCAGAGAAACACAAAAAAUCCACAAGACGACCUUGUCGCUGAAGCUCAAGAUUCUACAGCUUUCCAAACAAAUGACACACAAUGCUGCGCUGUACCACGAAACUACUCGGCAGAUGGCCGAAGCAGAAGUUCUAGCUCGCACAUCGUCCAGAGAGAUGUGGAGCUCAGAGCAGUGGCAAGCAUGGUGCGACGAGCUCCAAGAUGACGCUCGGAUCAAGAAGGCGAGCCGGCAAGACUGGGCGGCAACGUCAAAAGACGACUCCUACCGGCAGCGUCCGUACAGCCUCGCACGGAUGUCUCCUGGCUUCCGCAAGCGGAAAGCCUUUGGAGCACAUUCCGCGUGGGACUGCUUGCCUUGCUGCAAGUCUGGCAGGUCGAAGUGGACGGAGACCCUGUCUGCCGCGAACUUUACUGCUGCACUGCCCUCGGAUUGGUUCGGGCGGCAGCUGCUUGCAAUCACGCCGGAGCUUUUCGACGAGGUGCUGUCACUGCGAGACAACACCGAGACGCUAUUGCAUCAUAACAUUGGCUUAGCCAUUGCACGUUUGCAAGGCCUCGAGAAGCCCGCUGAGAGGGAUUUGAAUAGUAUCGACCCGCACGAGCGGCUUACUGGCACCGUGGACGAUUGGAAGAGCUCAGAUCACGGAGGGAAGCUGUUGCUGGGUCCCCUGGAGUGGGAUGUGGCAGCAGUGACCCGGAGUAUGAGCAAGGACGAUUGGAGGAGCUCAGAUCACGGAGGGAAGCUGUUGCUGGGUCCCCUGGAGUGGGAUGGGGCAGCAGUGACCCGGAGUAUGAGCAAGGACGAUUGGAGGAGCUCAGAUCACGGAGGGAAGCUGUUGCUGGGUCCCCUGGAGUGGGCCAUGGACGUGGCCGUUCAGACGGUCGGAAAGGCAAGUGGCCAAGCCGUCGUGAUCUCAACCGUCCUAGUUAGUGGCCACCAAAUCCAUGAACGAUUCCAGUUCAAGUGUGCGCAGCAAGUGGCUGACGGGUCCCUGCUGCCUUCGCGAAAGGGCUUCCCGUGGGUUCCUGCUCCGCUGACACCCACAGUGCCGGUCUUUGCCCUGACCGCUGGCCGCUCGGUACCGGCUCGGUCCUUGAUCGAGCCGACGGAGGAUGGCGAGGUGCAGGAUGGCGAUGGAUGCAACAACGACGAAGAGCUGCAAGAGCGGGUCAAGGAUGGCGAUGGAUGGUUCAACGACGAAGAGCUGCAAGAGCCCGUGAAGGAUGACGAUGGAUGGUUCAACGACGAUGAGCCGCAAGAGCCCGUGAAGGCAGCUUUCCUUCGUCCCUAA